UAAACUGCGAAGGAAUAGAUGAGCUUCCAGUUUUCUCUACAUCCUCUGGCAAAUUUCUUUCUUAAAUGAUGAUGAUAUUCUCCUAGACAUGAAUAGGUAUGCCUUUUCCUUCUCUAUCCAUCAUCGCCAUCAUUUUAACUCUCUCUUCAUCGUUAGGUUUCUGAACCAAGGAACCCAUUCACUAGAUUCUCCCAUUACCAUCAAUACUACUAAUAGAAGACCUUUCCCAGAUUAUUCACCGAAAAAAACCACGAUUAAAGAUUCUGAAAUUGUUCAUCAAAUCUCAAUUUCAAUCAAACAACGUCGUUCUGAAACUUUACAUCGCAUUUUAAAACCCUUUGAAUCAAAGUUUAGACGUGAUUAUUUAAUUUGGGUAUUCAUGAAAAUUAAAUAUGAUUACAGUUUAGUUUUUAGUUUCUUUGAUUGGGCUCGGUUACGUAAAGAUACGACAUUGGAAGCUCGCUGUAUUGUAAUUCAUAUUGCUGUAGCUUCAAAGAAUCCAAAAAUAGCUCAUGAACUUACUUAUGAAUUUUGGAGGAAACCCAAUUUGGAUAUCAAUGUUUCGUUUAGUAAUUUCUUCGAACAGUUGGUUUACACUUUUAAGGAUUGGGGUUCCGACCCUCUUGUAUUUGAUAUAUUCUUUCAAGCUCUUAUUGAUGUUGGAUAUUUCGAUGAAGCACGGAAUUUGUUUGAUAAAAUGUUGAGUUAUGGUGUGAUAAUAUCUGUUGAUUCUUGCAAUUGUCUUCUCUCUCGAUUGUCGAAUAAUAUGUCUGAUGAUGGUGGGAUUGAAACAGCACUAAAGAUAUUUAGUGAAUUUCCUGAAAUGGGUGUUUGUUGGAAUACAGCAUCUUAUAAUAUCAUUAUCCAUGCUCUUUGUAGAUUAGACAAAGUGAAAGAAGCUCAGUCACUUCUGUUACAAAUGGAAUCAAAGGGUUGUUUCCCUGAUGUUGUAAGCUAUAGCACAGUAAUUGAUGGUUAUCGGAGAGCUGGAGAGAUUGAAAGAGCGUUUGAGGUUGUAGAGGAAAUGAGUACUAAGGGUUUGAAGCCGAAUCCAUUUACUUAUAAUAGUAUAGUUGUACUCUUGUGUAAGAAUGGUAAGGUAAAGGAAGGAGAAAGGAUACUGAGGGAAAUGAUGAAUCAAGGCGUAGUUCCGGAUAAUGUGGUGUACACCUCUCUCAUCGAUGGGUUUUGCAAGGUUAAUGAUUUACAAGCUGCACAUCGGAUUUGCGGUGAAAUGCAGAAGCAGCAGCUAGUUCCUGAUACUGUAACAUAUACUGCUCUGAUUUGUGGGUUAUGUCGAACUGGAAAAAUGGAUGAAGCAGAUAAGCUCUUCCGCGAGAUGCGCAAUAAAGGGAUGAUACUGGACGAAAUAACUUAUACGUCAUUAAUCGAUGGUUAUUGUAAGGCAGGAGAUAUGAAAAAUGCCUUCGCCCUUCAUAACAAGAUGGUUCAAAUGGGUUUGACGCCUAACAUUGUUACCUAUACUGUGCUGGUUGACGGCCUUUGUAAACGCGGAGAGGUGGAAACUGCCAAUGAGCUUCUUCAAGAAAUGUGCGGGAAAGGUCUACAGUUAAAUACCUGUACAUUUAAUUCUCUCAUUAAUGGUCUUUGUAAAGCUGGAAAUAUAAAACAGGCCGUUAAAAUGAUGGAAGAUAUGGAGUUGGCUAAGCUUUAUCCUGAUGCUAUUACAUAUACUACAAUAAUUGAUGCUUACUGUAAAGCAGGUGAGAUGGUUCGAGCUCACAAUCUCCUCCGCGAGAUGCUGGAUAAAGGACUUCAACCAACGAUUGUGACGUUUAAUGUGCUGAUGAAUGGGUUCUGUAUGCUGGGUAUGCUAGAAGAUGGUAAACGAUUGCUGAACUGGAUGUUGGAGAAGGGUAUAAAGCCAAAUGCCACCACAUUCAAUUCUCUUAUGAAGCAGUAUUCCAUACACAAUAAUAUGAAAGCUACUACUGAAAUUUAUAGGGGGAUGAACACUCAAGGGGUAAUGGCUGAUAGUAACACCUACAAUAUUUUAAUAAAGGGACAUAGUAAAGCAAGGAACAUGAAGGAGGCAUGUUACCUGCAUAGUGAAAUGGUUGGCAAAGGGUUUAGUCUAAGAGCAACUUCUUACAACUCGUUCAUCAAGGGUUUAUAUAAGAAGAAGAAAUUUGCAGAGGCAAGGAAACUGUUUGAAGAGAUGAGAAGAGAAGGUUUGGCAGUAGAUAGAGAAAUUUAUAACAUCUUUCUUGACCUAAACUAUGAUGACGGUAAUGUGGAGACAACCCUUGAGCUCUGCGAUGAAGCUAUUGAGAAAUCUCUCGUGGAUAAGAAUACAAAGGAUACUGAUCAAACCUAACUUGUUAUAUUUCAUUUGAUGAGAGACGUUUUGAUGGGAUUUAGUGGGACAACCUAUUCUCUCAGUCAGGAUUUCCAAGGGGAAGGUUUUGUUCAACAUAUUGCUUAGUCCCAGAGGCAUGGAGGUAAGGCAUGUAAGGGGAGACUGGGUAUCAAUACUUGCACAUUCAUGUUCGAUCCCAAACCGACCGCUGCAGACGUGCAGUCAAAUUUUUCUAGACAGGGCCAGAUGAUAUGACGCUUAGUUCCUGCAGUAGCUCCUAGUUAAGGGAUGGUCUUUGAGCUCAAAAGCGAAAUAACUAUUGCAACGGUCUAAUAUUUAUUUUCACGAUGAAGACAGGGCACGUCUGCACUGCAACCAAUUCCAAAUUCUAGUGAAAGGUGAGUGCUGCUGCGAGGCUUAAAAAUAAAGACUUACCAGAGUGCAGCUGUCAGAAAAGGUCUCUUCGGCGAUAAAGGUUUGGCCUGAUCUUGUUUUAGAAAUUUAACUAUUUUCUGUGCAUAAAUGUACAACAUAGCACACACCGGCGAAUCAUACAUGGGAUUACUGAUUCAAGAAGUUCGGUGUUUUGAAUAAACUCUCUUCUUUGUUGGCCGUAUGAUAGAACCAAAACAGUUAGUAGCAAUUGCAACGUUCUAGCAAUAAUAUCUACAAGGAUAUCAGGAAAGCACACAGAUUAUUCAAUAAUAUAAUUGCUCUAUAUAUUGAGAUAUCGGAUUAUAUUAGAUAUUCUAGGUUCACCUAUCUUUGAUUAUACAGUGAAAUGAACGAAUUUAUUUUUCCUCGAUAACAGUAUAAAAAAA